AUGCAUCCGACACAAUAUUCAAAUAUGACUUAUCCAAUGCCUUCACGCGAUGGCUGGCUUCAAAAUCGAACGGUUCAUAUUCAAGGUGAACCGUUCAGAUUGUUGAAUCAAUUAGGUCAAGGAAGAUUCGCAUCAGUGUGGAGAUCGCGAACGCGAGACGGUUAUUAUGCCGCUGUCAAAGUAUUCGAUUUCAAUCAAGCGAGAAACAACAUCAACUCCAAUCAACGACUGAGUUCGUUCGAAAAUGAAAUUGAAAUGAUUCGUCGAUUACAGAAUGAAAUCGAUUAUGUUGUUACUUUGUAUUCAUUCGAUUUGGAUCGACAGAAACAAAUUGGUUUUAUUGCUAUGGAGCUAGGAAGUACAUCGUUUAAAGAUCAACUCGUAUAUCUUCAUCAAACGCAUUACAAGUCAAGAAGAACGGGUUAUGAUUACAUUCCAGCUGUUGAAAGAAAAAAUAUUUGGAUUCAAUUAGUUAAUAUUAUCUGGGCACUGCAUCGACAUAAUAUCGUUCAUCGUGAUUUGAAACCAGCGAACUUGGUGUUCUUCGGACCAACAUUGAAACUGAUUGAUUUUGGUAUCGCUCAAGAUGCCCAUUCACUGUAUAAUCCACAUCAACGGGGUGGUAGUCAUCCUUAUAGUGCACCCGAAUGCUUUACACGUCAGAUGCCUAUAACAUCAAAAGCUGAUAUAUGGUCUAUUGGUGCUAUUUUGUAUUACACGACUUACGGAAAGUCACCUGUUCAUGAAAGUCCACGAGCACCAAUGGGUGUCCCGCCAACCCAAUCGAAUCUUGUGCAAAGUAUUCUGCAUCAUAGUCUCCAACGUAACCCGUAUAGACGAGCGGAUCAUCAUUGGCUUAUUGAACAUCCAUUGACGAAAAGUAAUGCGGUGUUUUAA